AUGGGUCCUAAUGGGUUUGUCUUGCCGUCAUUUGCUGGCACUCGAAAGCAUGCCCGACGGCACCAGCCCACACGCGCCUCGCGGAGCUCCACGAGGAGAUCCAGCGGCUGCAUGACGCAUGUGCGGCCCUCACCCGGGAGAAGGAGGCGCUGGCCAAAGAUAAGGAGGCGCUCUCCACAGGCAACGAGGAGCUGAGGGUGGAGAAUCAACACCUCCGCCGAAAGCUAACCGAGAGGGAGCGGGAAUAUGAGGAUAGGGGCAUCGUAGAGCGAUAUAAGGGGGAGAAGGGCAGCCGGACGGACCACAGCAUCUUCGUCCGGGCUGGCGCCAAGGAGCGCCAUGAUAUGGGCAGCAUCCCCGGCGCACAUCCAGUGCAAUUCUAUGACGUAAGCGAUGAAAACUACAUGUGUUGCAUGGGUCUCACUCUCACUCAUUCUGUGUGGUGUUGUGUUGUCACUCAUGGAUUCAGGAGGCAAGCCACUCCUUCAAGGUGGCGCAGACGAGGGCGGGCUACAAGUACGACAGCAACGGGUACGCCAAGGACAUCACCCACCUGUUCGGGCCGCAGAUGGCGCAGGAGAAGGCUGUCGUGGUAGGUCACUCAACCAGCCUGGCCAGACAGCCCUUUGUGCACACUCUCGUCCCUUCGCCUCGCUGUUUGGCUUGUCGCUGGCUGUGUGUGCAGCACGUGAGAGUGGACCGUGCCAAGGCGCCGAGAAGGACCUCCUCUACACCACGGGCGAGCGCCGGUAUACGAGGGAUCGAAGGCCGACCAAAUACACGAACGCACACCAGCUGAUGGAGGUGAAUACCACAAGCACGCCGCCAGCACUUUAUACGAUUUCGUAUCAUUUCAUCGCAUGCUGUUGUGUGUGUGUGUGUGUGUGCGUGUGUGUGUGUGUGUGGUUUGUGCAGGAGAUUCAGAAGCAGGGCCUGGAGGAGAAAAUGACUCUAGAAUUCGCCGGCGGUGCUGCCGAGUAG